AUGUUUCGCUGCACCAGGAAGCGCUUGAAAGUCACGUUAUUCGUAUUUAAUGCGAUCUGUGCUAUCAUGGGUGUUAUACUAAUGUGGUUCGGAGCUUGGCUACAUAGUAAUAUUGGAGAAAUAGAUGUGGAUAAUAGUGAAACCCUGGUCGCCACUGUCAUUGUACUCCUCGGCGCAGUGUUACUGGUGAUGGCGAUCUUUGGCUGUGCUGCAACCUACAUGGAGUCCAAAAGCAUGUUGAUAAGUUAUGCUGUGAUUUUAGUUAUUUUGCUGGUCAUACAAAUAUUCCUCGUGAGCAUUAGCUACACGGCGGCUAGCGGCAGUCUCUCAAGUGGCCUACAACGAGGUUUCGACGAACUCUGGGAUAGACGGAAUGCGAAUAAAAAUACAACAUUGUCUUUUUAUGAAGAGUGGCUCCAGUGCUGCGGCAAGAGCAGCGCCAAUGACUAUUUUCUCAUGGACAAAGUUCCGCCGCCCAGCUGCUGUCGCUACCAAGACUGUACGAACGUUCUAAAUCUCUAUGUGGAUGGUUGUGAGAAGAAAUUUGGCGAAUAUUUGACUGAGAAGACGAGCAGCUUCAACACUAUUAGUUGGUGUUUGAUCAUCACGGAGUUAAUUGGCUCGGUGUUCGCUUGCAUUUUGCUUGAUAGCAUCCGAGAUUAUCGCGAUCGCAUUCGUUUCUACAACUGAGGAGUGCGGAGAGCUAGACACAAAAUGCAAAUACCUCGUUCCUUUGCACUGCAUAGUAUUGUUACACACACAUAUAUAUAUAUACAUAUGUUGAAUUGAUAUAUUAUUAAUAUAAAUUAGGAAAAAUAUUGUAAAUUAUUAGCUAAUUAUUGUUAUGCAAGCUAAACCUAGACCUAAAAAAUUUAGUUACAUUCUUAUAUAAUUU